CAAUAGUUUCACCACUAGUUUCUGCUCAAGCAAUUGAUUACUUUUUUUUUGGACGCACUCGGGUGCUUAAACCAUAUUUUUGGCCCUAAAGAAUGGAGGCCCUGGUGAAUUAUAGUAGUGAGGAUGACCAGGAGGAUGCCGGCUUUCAGAUACGGGCACCACAACAACAACAACUGCAGCAUUCGCCGCAUGCUAAAUCCACAAAAACAACAACUGCUAGCCUAUUAAAGCUGAAGAACAACAAUAACAAUAAUAACUACGGCUACGUCGACGCCGGCAGAGAAAGAGACCGAGAACGAGAGCGCGACAGAGAUGGCAGCAGCAGCAGUCCGCGCGACAAGGAAAGAGACAGAGAGAAGACAAAGCGCCGCCAUCACACUCCGCCGCUGCCGACGUCGCAGCAGCAGCAGAGUCAGAGGAGCAGCAGCAGAGGCCGCAUUGAUGAGGAGCCGCAGCCCAGCAGUCGCCACCGCCAGGAGCGGGACAAGGACAGGGAACGGGACCGCGAGCGUGACAGGGACAAGGAUCGCGAGCGGGAGCGGGAAAAACGCAGCGAUCCAGAACGCAGUCGCGACAAAGGACGUGACAAGGAUCACAGCAAGGGCGAUCAUCGCCACCAUCGUACCAAAGACGGCAACAGCCACAGGGAGCGCGAAAGGGAGCGGGAUCGUGACCGGGAGAGGGAGCGAGAUCGCGACAAGGAUCGCGACCGCAGGCGUUCGGAGAAGAGCAGCCGCCACCACAGUGGCAAGGAACGCCAUCAUCAUCACAACAACUCAUCGUCCUCCUCGUCAGCCGCCGCUGCAGCGGUUAACGCAGCAUCAGUCCGUCGCUCCUAUGACGACCGCAGUCGUCGUCGCCGGGACUCUCGGUCCCAUUCCCGCACACCCACGGGCACGCCGCCCGCUCGUCGCCGCCAUCAGUCGCAGCAGUCACGUAAAUAUCGCGAACGCGAGUCCAGCAGCCGCUCCAGAUCUCCAAAGGAAGAACAAGUCACAACACUUCGCGGUGGAGCUGUGGCCGGAGCUCAUCUGCUGCUCGGAAAAUCAGGCGGAGGAGCAGGAUCAACGGCAACUAAUGCAUCUGCAGCGGCAACGGUUGCAGCGGCCGCUCUGGCAGCUGCCAAUGCAGCAGCUGCAGCCAUGGCAGCCGGUUCAUCUGGCGGAGGCGGAGGCGGCGGUGGUCUCCUGCCGACGCCCAACUAUGCACCCAAGAUACCCUCGCUGAUGUCCCUGGAGCUGAGCACACCAGCGGUAGUAGCACCUGUCGCAGAACCCAUCCAGCUGCCCAGUUACUACAAUCCCGGCAUCAUCAAUGCCAACCGCUAUGCGGAGCAGCAGCAGAAGCGCAAGCUACUAUGGGGCUCCAAGAAGAGCGAGGACUCGGCGAACAAGUGGGGCAACGCGCACUUCUCCCAGGACUCGGACGGCAAGGUGGCUUCCAAGUUUAUGCGGCUGAUGGGGAUCAAAAAUGCAGGUUCCUCCGGCGAUGGCGAUGCCAGUGGCAGCUGCGGCGACCAGCCGGAGUCCACUAAUGGGAGUGCAGCAGGCGAGGGAAGUGGCGCAGUGGGAGCUGCACCAUCGGCAGCCGCGGGCGGAACGAAAGUGCCCACGGACGUGCAGCAGCGCCAGCGAAUGUUUUCCAACAUGGAGCAGCAGUACGAGAUGGCGCGAGCCGCCACACACACAAUGCGCGGCGUGGGCCUCGGUUUCGGCUCCCAGCCACGUACUUUCUAGAGGGGAUCGGAACGGAGGAGGACCGACUCCCUGCCAGGCUGUAAAUACCAUGCCACUCACUCAACUCAUUAGUCAUGUCAAUAUGUUUCUCCUCAACAACUUUUUGUUUGUGUUGAGCAAAUGUUUUUUGAUUUCAAAUAAACGUUGCAACCGAAUUUAUGAA